AGAAAAGUCCACCAAUUUCUUUCACUCCUCAAAACAUACAUUUUUGCUUUUCCUGUAAUAAAAUCAUAUCUACAUUCCAUUCUAAUCUAAUCUAAAAUCUCCAUUCUUUCCCGAUCUGAUGCAAAUACCCCACAAAACUCACUUCAAUCCACCAGUUUUUUUUUUUUUUUUUUUUUUUUUUUUUGCUGCAGAGAAAUGGGGUUGUGAAAUCAUAACUUGAAAAGGGUAUUGUUGAUUUUGAUUUUGAUGUUGAAUGGCCUCACACAGCUGGAAAGAUGCUUACAGAGGAAUGUCAUCAGAUAAUAUAAAGGGGCUGGUGUUAGCAUUAUCUUCUAGCUUGUUUAUUGGAGCUAGCUUCAUUGUUAAGAAAAAGGGUCUCAAGAAAGCAGGUGCUUCUGGUGUUAGAGCAGGAGUUGGAGGAUAUUCAUACUUAUACGAGCCUCUAUGGUGGGUAGGCAUGAUAACAAUGAUCGUUGGCGAAAUUGCAAAUUUUGCAGCUUAUGCAUUUGCACCAGCUAUACUGGUAACUCCACUCGGGGCACUCAGCAUUAUUAUCAGUGCUGUACUUGCACAUAUUAUAUUACGAGAGAAGCUACACAUUUUUGGAAUUCUUGGUUGUGUUCUAUGUGUUGUGGGGUCCACCACAAUCGUUCUUCAUGCUCCUCAGGAACGUCCUAUUGAAUCUGUUACAGAAGUAUGGGAUCUUGCUACCGAGCCAGCUUUUGUUUUAUAUGCAGCAUCAGUGUUGAUAGCUGUUUUUAUAAUUGUAUUUCACUAUAUACCCUCGUAUGGUCAGACACACAUAAUGUGCUACAUCGGAGUUUGUUCGUUAGUUGGUUCAUUGUCGGUGAUGAGUGUAAAAGCCAUUGGGAUUGCUUUGAAGCUAACUUUAUCAGGAAUGAAUCAGCUAGUAUAUCCCCAGACAUGGGCUUUUACCUUAAUAGUUUUGCUUUGUGUCAUCACCCAAAUGAAUUAUUUAAAUAAGGCGCUUGACACGUUCAAUACAGCCGUUGUCUCCCCCAUAUACUAUGUUAUGUUCACAUCUCUUACAAUCUUGGCAAGUGUCAUCAUGUUCAAGGAUUGGGACAGGCAGAAUCCUUCCCAGAUUAUCACAGAACUGUGUGGGUUUGUGACAAUUCUUUCCGGAACCUUCCUUCUUCACAAAACCAAAGACAUGGUUGACGGUCCGGUACCUCUGUCGGCGCGACCUCCAAAGCACAUGGACGACGAGGAAGAUGGUAUAGAUCAUGAAAGCAUCCCGUUGACUUUAAGAAGAUAGGACCCUAGUAGCUGUAUGAGGUCUUCAGAGCAUAUUAAUUUUUUUUUUGUGAUUUUUUGGCUCAUACAUGUACAAUUUUUCAUACGCGACCAUGGAUACGAUGGGAACAGAGGAAAUCGUUCCCCAGAUUGCGGCGGGAUCUUUAAUUGUUCCUCUUAUGAGUGUAAUCAAAUUGGUUAAUACAAAAUGCACCCCCUUUCCAAAAGAAAA